AUGAUUACUCGGGCUAAAGAUGGGAUCUUCAAGUCAACUCCAAAAAAUUUAAGUGCUUCUAAGUAUGCUCUUAUUAGUGACUCUGUCCUUGAACCAACAUGUUUCUCUCAAGCUCAAGCUGACCCUAAAUGGCGUAAAGCGUCUGAUGAUGAAUAUAGUGCUUUGCUUAAAAAUGGUACGUGGAUUUUGGUACCUUAUGAUCCUUCCAUGGAUCUUGUUGGUUGUAAAUGGGUUUAUCGAAUUAAACGCAGAGCUUCCAUUGAACGUUUUAAAGCUCGUCUUAUAGCUAAGGAAUAUAACCAACAAGAAGGUGUUGAUUACAGUGAAACUUACAUUCUUGUUGUGAAACCAUGCACAAUUUGUAUUAUUCUCACCAUAGAUUUGACAUCUAAUUGGUCUAUUCAUCAGUUGGAUGUUUAG